UCUUCUUUUUCCUCAAUGGAGGAAGGCGACUCGAUCUCUGCUGAAUCACUCUCUCUCGAAACUUUAGCUUCUAUUAGAUCACUCAUUAUCAACGCCGACACUUCCGACUCGGUAAUUUCCUCGGUGUUCGAUUUCCUUACUGGUCUUCUGAGUCGAGGGGACUCGGCGAUUCUUCACCACGCUCUCAAGCUACUCUCCGACCUUGCCUCCCGGCGAAAGGAAUUAGCACCACAUAUCUUCGAAUCGGUCUUUUCCAACUUACUCCGCCUUCAAAACGUGGCCGCAGAGGCGAACCACAAACGCGGCGCCGUCGAAUCUCUUGUUGUGCUGGCUUCGUUAUCCGAAAGAAACCAUGGCAUUGCCACUGAGCUUUCCAAAAUCGACGGCGAGGUAUUUGCGUCGAUUUGCCUCGGAGCACCUAUAUCUUAUCGGUUGUGGGUUCUUAGGAACGCGGAGAGGUUCAAUGUCCCGUCAUCCGUACUUUUCACCUUGUAUUUAGGGUUUACCAAGGAUCCGUAUCCGUAUAUCAGAGAAGUAGCUCUGAAUGGACUGACUAAUAUAUGUAAGGCUGGCGACUUCAAUCACGCUCAUGCCGUAGAAGGUUGCUAUACUCGUGCUGUUGAGCUUCUAGGCGAUGCUGAAGAUAGCGUCAGAUCUUCUGCAGUUCGUGCCGUCAGUGUGUGGGGCAAAGUGAUGAUUGCAUCCAAGGACGAAGAGAUGAACAGAAGAGAGUGUACGGAUGCUGUGUUUCUCCAGCUUUGUUCUAUUGUGAGAGAUAUGAGUGUAGACGUGAGGGUUGAGGUCUUCAGGGCAUUUGGGAUUAUAGGAACUGCAUCAGAAAUCAUUAUAUUGCAAACACUUUCUAAAAAAGUAUUGGGAGCCGGAAAAGGGAAGAAACCGCAGAAUCAUCUUUCGAAUGUAUCAGCUGAUGUCGCUGCUGCAGCUGGAGUUUUCAUCCAUGGUUUUGAAGAUGAAUUCUACGAGGUACGGGAAGCUGCGGUUGACUCCUUCCACUCCCUCUCAGUAAAUUCUAUCAAAUUCCCAGAUGAAGCUGUGUACCUAUUGAUGGAUAUGCUAUACGAUGAUUAUAUGGUUGUCAGGUUGAAAGCUUUAGAGGCAUUGCAUCAUAUAGCAGACUUGGGGAACCUUAAGAUACAGGAAACAUAUAUGCCUGCCUUUUUGGAUGCUAUUGUUGAUACUUCUGAGAACAUUAGGUUUGAGGCUAGAAACAUUCUUAAACUGGCAAAGCUGCCUGAUCUGAAGCUGGUCAACAAAUGUGUUGAUGAUGUCCUAAAAAGUUUAGAGAUGUAUCCACAGGACGAACCUGAUACCUUGUCUGCCCUGUUCCAUUUCGGACAAAAUCACGCAAAUUUCUUAACCAGUCUGGUUAAGAGAUUUAGUGAAAAGUUAGGGGUAGCUUCCGGAAAUAAAUCUGAGUUCAACAGCCUACAUAUAUCUGCAUCUCUGAUGCUGAUAAUCUCAGCCCCUCUCUCAAACAAACUAAGCAUCGCCUCCAUUCCACCCAUGGCUUUUUCAUAUUCACUUGCAAUGCUGGGGAAAUUCUCUUGUGGACUUCAGGAUAUAAUGGAUCAGGAUAUGCUUUUGGCUUACUUGACUCAUUGCGCUUUUCUUUCUGCUUCUUCGGGUACAGAAUUCAACAAAGGAGAUAUAUUUUGUCAUGCAUAUAGGCACGGUGAUGCAGAUCUUGCUGGAAACGCUGUCCUACUACCAAGCAAAGAUACAACUAAUGAGAGUAAAUACAUGGCUUCCGAAGCAGAACUGGAAAUUAGAAAUCAAGCACUCAAGUUUGUGAACUAUAUACUGUUGAAAAUAAAGGCUGCCUGGUUGAUAUCACAAUCAGGGUGCUCGAAAGAAGCACUCCAAGCGUUGAGGGCUUGCAAACAGGAGUUAGCAACUUUGACACCCGAUUCUUCAAUCUCCAAUGGGGCAUUACAGUUUAUGUGUCAGUAUAUUCACGUAAUAGAACUUCUCGCUCAGGUAUGGUCUCAUUUGGAAUACUCAAGACACAUCAGCACUUGUAUAGCUGUAGAACUGGAUAUGCUGAUGGAGGAGGUAGAGAUCAAAUUGAUGGAGAUAAGGUGUAGAUUCACAGGCCUGGCGAUGGAGGUGUCAUUAGUAAUGGAGCUAGUAAUUUUUUGUUGCUUGUUAAGGCUAUAUAGAUUUGAGACUUGCUGCCGCCUUAGCUACAUUGAGAAGCUAACUUCAACUAUAUCUCAAUUAGAGCUCCACCAUGAACAACAAUGCACCAACCCAUCAGAUUUUCUAACUGAAACUAAGAAGUCAUUGCAAGAGAUUGGGGGAUCUGCUAAUAUAAAUUUAUGUAGACUGCUUCAUCUCAUCAAGAUAUUCAGUUGCUUCUCUCCGGAACAGUUUACGUUAUCUGGUAAUCUGCAGUGUGUGAGCGUGGAGCUAGAGGUUCCUGGUAAUGGUCCUUACAGUCCUAUUUCCUUUUUGCCUGGUCUUCCAGUGGCUAUUCAGUGUGAGAUCACGCUGCUUAAUGUGCCAAGGGAUACCUGUUUGUGGCUGAGAAUAUCCAGAAGCGAUGAAACUUGCCAGUUUGUGUAUGUGGAUCCAAACCUCUACAAUAGUGAUGGGAGAGAGAAGAGGUUCAUGUUUAGUGCAGUAACUUACAUGACCCUGAGGGCUGUUAUGUUCACAUUGCGGGUCUCAAUAGGGAUAGAGUGUAUGUUUGAAGAAGACGUUUGUUACAGAAAACGGCAUCCUGGUCCCAAGCAUCCAGUGGCCUAUCUGUGUAAGGAAAGAGAAGUUCACCUCAACCUUGUUUCAAGAACAUAAGACAAACAGUUGACAUUUUGUGAAUUUGCAAAAGUUAGAGAUUCUUGUUUUGAUCAUUUUCCCCGUAAAUCAGUAAACAAUUGCAUAAAGGAAA